AUGGACACCUCCAACCAACUCCACACCUCCCUAGCGAGCACAACCAUCCCCCUCCCCUCCCUAACCUGGCUCCAAAACCUCGUCUCCUCCCGCGCCACCCCCCUUCCCCCCUUAGCCUCCCUCGUCGCUACCGCCCGCGCCCGUUUACUGGCUUCCGACCUGUGCACACCCGGUCUGCUGGACCAGGCGUAUGCCGCUACUCACGCUUUGCCUGUUUCUCCUUCUGGGCCUGGGGAGACUACGCUGCCCACGGAUGUAGCGGUGCAGGUGUUGGAUAUUGAGGAUAUUUCUCGGUCGAGGUGGGAGCAGGUCGAGGAGUUGGAGGGGUUGGCGCGCGGAGAGGGGACGAGAGGGAGGGAGGUUGUGAGGUUGCCUUUGGGGAGUGAGGUUGAAGGUGAAGGUGAAGGUGAAGGUGAAGGUGAGGGCGAGCGGGGACAGACACAGCAACAACCCCAACAGCAGGGACAAGGACAAGGACAGAGACAGGGUGCGCCAGGACAGGAUAGAGCGGCGACUGCCCGCCCACCAGCCAAAAACGCCAUGCACAAACUCGUCCUACAAGACUGCCGCGGCCAAAAGAUCUACGCCCUCGAGCUCCAACGCAUCGAACGGCUCAGCAAAACACAUAUCGGCGAGAAGAUGAUUCUCCGCGCUGGGACGGUCAUAGCACGCGGGGUGGUCUUGUUGGACCCGGCCAAGUGCGUUUUUCUUGGUGGGAAGGUUGAGGCGUGGCAUCGAGCUUGGGUGGAUGGGCGGUUGGCGAGGUUGAAGGAGGGUGCACGGGAGGAGGGGGAGUAG